UUCGGUUCGGGACACCAGUAUCAUCUCAUAGAAAACCCAAAAUAUAAAAGGAUCCCUCGCCAAAAUGUCACUGCGAUACCUCCUUAUUGCAUCUGCAUUGCUGUUCGCUCUCUGCGGAGCUGACGUCUCGGAAAUAAAGCCGCAAAAUAUUGAUUUGCCAUUUAAUGACUUACUGCCACCAUUGGUGGAUGAGUCAAGUACCACGAGCACAACAUCGACAACUACCACCACCUUGAGGACGACAAGAUCGACGACCACAACAACGCUGGCCACGAAGCCAACCAAGAAACCCUAUUACACAAAGCCCGCCCAGCCGGCCAAGGAUGACAAGGUGAAGGCCAGUGCCGCAAAGCAGGACAUUCAGCUACUGUCCUUGGAUCUGCUGCCACCCUUCGAGGACGAGUCCAAGCCAGCGGAGGAGCAGACCCAUCAGGUGAUAAAGACCGAACCGAGUCCAGUGGUCAACAUCACCCCGCCAACUACCCUCAAGCCCGUGAUCAGGGUCAGUCAGCCCGCUGCUCCCAAGCCUGUGAUAAGGGUCCCGUCGCCUGCUGCUCCCCGGCCAGCGGUCAGGGUCAUUCAGCCGGCAUACUCGGUGCACCCCGCCCCACCGGCGGCACUGCCCGCUCAGGCCACCGUCCUGGGCAGCGGCUUUCAGUCCCGCUUCUCCAACUACUUCCUCACGAGCACUCCCCGUCCGAGACGCGGUCCUCUGCCCACGAUCACACCCUUUCCGCGCCACGUUCGGCUGUAGGAAUCCAUUUAAUUAGAUUAGAUAAGCAUUCAAAGGCCAAGUCAAAACUUAAAAUAAAUAAGAAGCGAGCAACACUGAGAUAAUGAGUGGAAAAUAUUCGGUAUUAUGUAUAAGCGACUGUUGA